CCAAGGCGCGCUUUGCUUUGACAGGACACCUUAGCCUACAUUCAUGAGUUCUGGAAAAGGUGACUCGGACUUCCACCUCUUCCAGACAAUGAGAGUACCUGAGAAUUGGGGGAGUCCAGCUCCAAGCCGCAGAGCUCUAUGAGACAUGGCGGUAUAUGAGGAACUUCCGGCCUCCGAACGCUAGGAGGCGCUGUGAUCUCUCAGUAAUCUCUUGGCCACCGGAAUUAAGCGCGCAAGCGCAGUCUUAGGUUUAAAGCCGGCUCCCCACGUGUAAACCUUGUGGGCAAGUUUUUCGAGAAAAAUGCCCAAAUUCAAGGUGGCUCGUGGGGCCGGGAAUCAGGAGAAGCAUGCACCUCUGGCCGAGCAGAUUCUGGCUGGGAAUGCAGUGCGCGCAGGAACCCGAGACAAACGGCGAGGUCGCGGGGUCGAAGAGGAAGAAGAGUAUGUGGGACCCCGGUUGAGCAGACGGAUCUUACAGCAAGCCCGGCAGCAGCAGGAGGAACUCGAGACCGAACACGGCACUGGAGACCAGCCUGCAAAACCGCGAGAGCGCUCCACGCGGCUGGGGCCAGGAGUGCCACAGGAUGGAUCUGAUGAUGAGGAUGAGGAGUGGCCCACCCUGGAGAAGGCAGCCAAAAUGACCGGGGUGGACCACCAAGCAGAGGUUGUUGUGGACCCUGAAGAUGAACGUGCCAUUGAAAUGUUCAUGAACAAGAACCCUCCCGUCAGGCGCACUCUGGCUGACAUCAUCAUGGAGAAGCUGACUGAGAAGCAGACAGAGGUAGAGACUGUCAUGUCAGAGGUGUCGGGCCUGCCCAUGCCUCAGCUGGAUCCCCGAGUCCUGGAGGUCUACAGAGGGGUCCGGGAGGUAUUAUCUAAGUACCGCAGUGGGAAACUGCCCAAGGCUUUUAAGAUCAUCCCUGCACUGUCCAACUGGGAGCAAAUCCUCUAUGUCACUGAGCCCGAGGCCUGGACUGCAGCUGCCAUGUAUCAAGCUACCAGGAUUUUUGCCUCUAACCUGAAAGAACGCAUGGCUCAGCGCUUCUACAACCUUGUCCUGCUUCCCCGAGUACGAGACGACAUUGCUGAAUACAAACGGCUCAAUUUUCACCUCUACAUGGCACUCAAGAAGGCCCUCUUCAAGCCCGGAGCCUGGUUCAAAGGAAUCCUGAUCCCACUGUGCGAGUCUGGCACUUGUACCCUCCGAGAAGCCAUCAUCGUGGGCAGCAUCAUCACUAAGUGCUCCAUCCCUGUGUUGCACUCCAGUGCGGCCAUGCUGAAGAUUGCUGAGAUGGAGUACAGCGGUGCCAACAGCAUCUUCCUGCGCCUACUGCUGGAUAAGAAGUACGCAUUGCCCUACCGUGUGCUAGAUGCCCUGGUCUUCCAUUUUCUGGGCUUCCGGACAGAGAAGCGCCAGCUGCCUGUGCUCUGGCACCAGUGCCUUCUGACACUGGCACAACGCUACAAGGCUGACUUGGCCACAGAACAGAAGGAGGCCCUCCUAGAACUGCUUCGCCUGCAGCCCCACCCACAGUUGUCUCCUGAAAUCAGACGUGAGCUUCAGAGUGCAGUCCCCAGAGAUGUGGAGGAUGUUCCCGUCACCAUGGAAUGAGAACAGUCAUCACUCUUAGUCCAGGGGGCAUGGGAGCUGGUAACCAGGGUGUAAAGACCUAGGUCAGGGCACUGAAGGGUUACGAUGGCAUCUGCGGGUCCAGCCCUGGGCAGGAAGACUGAAUCUGGUUGGCUCUCUCUGCCAUUCUAGGCUUUGGUCCUGCUAACAGGAGUUACCCCAGCUCAGUACGCCCGCAACCCAGCUGGCACUUUCUUUAAGGGCUGCUCUCUCUAGUUACUGUGUCAGCUCACUGGGGUGCAGAUAAAACAAAGGCAGAUAUUUAUUGGA